AUGCCGUCGAGGCACGCUUUAUGUUUUCUGACAUCUAAACUUAGCGAUAGGCUGGCUCAGGCUCGGUGUACAAAAACAUCAGAUGCAAAGGCUUCUGUGCAAACACUGCCACCUAUAUAUAAAUUACCCACAUAUAUAGAGAGAGUUUUGUGGUUUGGUAAAAACAGAAACACAACUGUAAUUUAUAAACAAGAUUUCAAAAGUUUUCUGAAUAAAGAAGUGGAACAAGAAAUUCACAAGAAGGGUUUGAGUCUGGAUACUGUUAGGAUUCCUCGCCGUAAUUUUCAUCUGAAUCAGAACCAAAAUCAGGUAGUAACAAACACUACAUAUGUAGAACAAGGUGAAGGAGGUGAUGAAGAACCACUAGAACCGCCGUCUCCCAAAAAACGUUUGUUCUUGAAUUCAUCUGCUUCCCUUGAGGCAAGUGCUGAACAUGAAAGAUUGCAGAGAAAAAUGGAAGAGAAUACUCGUAGCCAACAAAUACCGUCAAGAGUAGGGCUGAGGAACCGUACUGGAGGUGAUAUAGGUGAAGUCCAAGGCUGCCACAUUGUUCGGUCCACCGGGAGAAAGGACCGGCACAGUAAAGUAUGCACCUCCAAAGGCCCUAGGGACCGCCGUGUACGCCUCGCCGCUCACACUGCUAUUCAGUUUUACGAUCUCCAGGAUCGGCUUGGCUGUGACCGCCCUAGCAAGGUGAUGGAUUGGCUCAUCAAAAAGGCUAAGCCAGCCAUUGAUGAGCUCGAGCAACUUCCUGCAAGUAAUCCCACAAUUUUUUCGGCGGAAAAUGCUAUUUUUGAGCAAGAACAGGCUCGCGUGGUGGACCCUAAUAUUGCAGGUUCUUCGAGUAAAAUGGCAAUGACAAUGUCGGAAAAUGAAAAUGGGCUGCAAGUUUUGCACCGGAGCAGUAAUGCGGAUCCCAAUGCAAGUUUUCUUCCUCCAUCCUUGGAUUCGGAUACCAUUGCAGAUACCAUAAAGUCAUGUUUCCCAAUAGGUACUUCUAGAACCAGAAGCCAGAGUCAGGAUCUGAGGCUCUCUUUGCAGUCAUUUCAAGAUCCACUUAUGCUCCACCACCAGCAGCCUCGGCCGCCUCAUCACAAGAACCACACCCACAACACUGAAGCAGCAUAUUCUCAGCAUCAAGUCCCAGUCAAUGGAACCACCUUACUGGGAUUUGAUGGCUGCUAUGCAGGGUGGUCUGAACAUCAUCAGCACCAGCCCAAAGAAAUAAGCCGGUUCCAGGGGCUGGCUCCUUGGAACACCGGCGGAGAUAUCUCCGGUGGGAAUGGUGGAGCAGCCGGAUAUCUGUUCACUUCGCAGCCAGCACCGCAGCCAGUGCUGCAGCGGCUGUUAGGCCAAAGCCAGUUUUUUUCUCAUGGGGGACCCCUUCAGUCCAGUAACACACCUUCAAUUCGUGCAUGGAUAGAUCAGUCAACCAUACCUAACACCACGGCUGACCAUAGCCACCAGCAUCAUCACAAUCCAGCAGCCGUGCCAAUUUAUCCAUCAUCAAUAUCUGGUGUUGAAUUCACCUCUACGGUAGGCGGAUUCUCAGGGUUUCACAUUCCUGCACGAAUUCAAGCUGGAAUUGCUCUCUUCUUCCCUAACAGAUACUAUUACAAUGGGCUCAAUUUCCGGGAUGUUAUCUGUUUGUCCUAUAAGAGAAUCCUUGAAAAUGCAAGUAUUCACUGUCAUAGAUGA